AUGCAUGGUAAUAAUAUGGGCGAAGUUAUUGAUACAUUCAUAACGAAAGUAGCUACUGAUUUUAAGUCACCGCAUACAAAUAUUACUGGCGUUUUUAUUACGGAUAAUAAUGGUUUGAUACUUGCAAGCCAAAAUGUUAAAAACGAUUGUAGCGGAGCAAUUGCAUUACUGGCUGAUCUUGCAUCAACUCUGUUAGAACGACCAGCCAUUGUUUGUUUGGAAAACGGAGAUCAUAAAAUAAUUAUUCGUGAAGCUGGUAAAGCGGUAUUUUCUAUUUAUACCGAAGCAACACGUCGUUAA